AUGACUUCUUGGAUCACCUUCCUUGUAGGCAUUAUCGCCUGCCUCGGCUUCGCUCUUGCCGCACCCGUUGAAGAGACCGCAAGCGACGGCGUACUGCGAGGCCAGGGCCCUUACCCCUACUCUCUACAGAUCCAAAUUUCGGAGGUCAAGCCCUUUUACUAUGUUUGGGAUAUCUUCCAAGGACCUAGCGGCAUUGCUGUGUACCCUUGCGGUGAUACGCGCUUCGAGAAGGUCUAUCAUGGCGAGCCCGGAUGGCAUACCGACAAGCUAGACAUGGUUCAGCCUCCCUUUCCCCAGAACUAUGAACCUUUCGUCCCGGAGCAAACUUGCAAACCACUCACCAUGUUCGCGUGGUUCACUUUCCUUAUAUAUGUGUCCGCAGGCCUCUUGCUUGUCUCCAGUCUCGCAACACCUAUCCAGAACUUGAGCAUGGAGUUGCAGAAUAACCGCACCACACACGGCCUUUCGCUCAGUUUUGCUAACCAAUCACAGCAAGCGGAGGGAUAUACCAACUCCAUCCAGAUCAUGCUUGAUCGGGAAUCAUACAGGGACUACUAUUGGGAGUUGUUUGUAGGUCCGUACGGCAAGAAAGCAAACCCUUGCGGGACAAACCACAAACCGUUCCGUCUCGCGGCCAUGUCCGGUGUCUUCGGUUACGGACGAAAUGAUAUCGAUCAUCCCCCGAACCCACCUGCGAUGGAGCUUUCCUUUGUGGACAAUAGCAAGAACGAGUGCAAGUGGAAAACCGACGGCGGCGGUGACCCCGGUCAACUCAUCUGUGGCGAUUGGAUGAUUAUGGAUUGCGAGCGAGACGCGAGCUGGAACGACGGUGCUAUCAAUUGCCAUGGCUUCUCGGUCCAUCGAGACUGGGCUUGUAAUUGGUAGACUGAUAUGGUCGGGCCAUGGAAUUGAACUCAGCAAACGAAUCGUUUCCUCGCCCAAAGAGCGUACUGAAGAUG